AUGGCCGGUUCCUGUUGUGGCUCCACCUGCUCUGAGGAGCGCUGCUGCCAGCCCAGCUGCUGCCAGCCCAGCUGCUGCCAGCCUUCCUGCUGCAGGACCACCUGCUGCACUACCAACUGCUGCAGUGUGCCCAGCUGCUGCAGCCCUUGCUGCUGCCACCCCUCCUGUUGUGGUUCCAGCUGCUGCCGCCCCUCCUGCUGUGGCUCCAGCUGUUGUGGCUCCAGCUGCUGCCGCCCCUCUUGCUGCAUCUCCAGCUGCUGCCGCCCCUGCUGCUCUAGCUCCAGCUGCUGUGGCUCCAGCUGCUGCCGCCCCUCUUGCUGCAUCUCCAGCUGCUGCCGCCCCUGCUGCUCUAGCUCCAGCUGCUGUGGCUCCAGCUGCUGCCGCCCCUCCUGCUGCCGCCCCUGCUGCUGCCUGCGCCCAGUCUGUGGCCAGGUGUCCUGCUGCACCACCUGCUACCGCCCCACCUGUGUCAUCUCCACCUGCCCCCGUCCCAUGUGCUGUGCUAUUCCCUGCUGCAGAUGCUAA